AUGGCUGUUGAUUUAAGACCUGAAACAUGGACUGUAUCUUCUAAUGAAGCCCUUAAUCUCUCCUUAGUUGAUGAAAAUGGGGCAGUUAACUUCAAGCCAACCUUCACGUAUCCUAUUUAUGGUGAUUCUGAACAAAUAUUUGGGUAUAAAAACUUACAGAUCUUCUUAGCGUUCGAUUCUAUCACGUUCAAACCAUUUGUUAAUGUCAAAUAUGAUGCGAAACUCAAUAACGAAAUUGAAGAUGUACAGAAGCUACUUCUUGAUAAGCUUCCAGAAGACGAUGUAAUUAUUAAAGAUGAGGAAGCAUGGAUAAAAACGUUCACCAAGGAGCAAGAGACUUUUGCUUUACCUGAAAAAGACAAACUAGUUGAGGAAUAUGAAAUCGGUGAUCAAGAAUUUGUCAUAUAUAGAGUUUCUUUGCAGGACCCAGCUAUCAAAAUGUUGCAUAAAAGAAUGCAGAUUUUCACGUUAUUGUUCAUAGAGUCGGCCUCAUACAUUGACGAAAAUGAUUCAUCUUGGGAAAUAUUCAUUGUAUUCAAUAAAAACUCUAAGAAGUGUAUUGGGUACACCACCACUUAUCAGUUCUGGAAAUAUUUAGGUGCUCAAUCGUUUGAUUCCAGCAAAGCAGAUGAACAGAAAUGCAGGGCAAAAAUAUCCCAAUUUUUAAUCAUGCCUCCAUACCAAGGUCAUGGUCAUGGAAAAAGGCUAUAUCAGGCUAUAGUAAAACAAUGGAUGAAUGACUUAUCUGUCGUUGAGAUAACAGUGGAGGAUCCGAAUGAAAGCUUCGACGAUUUGAGAGAUCGUUGUGAUUUUGAAAGAGUGAUUAACAAAAACUCUUUGGCAGAUUGUCCGAAUGAACUACCUAUAAAUAUAGAUUGGAUUACCAAGAAGCAAGCUCAGUUAAAAUUGGAGAAGAGACAGUUCAUGCGUAUCUUAGAAAUGUUCCUUCUAUAUCAAAAGUCUCCUAACUAUAGAUUACAAUUAAAAAAGAGAAUUUAUGAAAAGAAUUUUGAGGCUCUUAUGGAUAUGGAUGAGAGCCUGAAGAAAGAUAAAUUACAAACGGCUUUCCAAUCCCUAACCGAAGAUUACAAUCGUAUUCUCUCUAAAGUAGCUAUCAGAAAAAGGACAUUUUCUGACUCGCAAGGUGAAUCUGACAAAAGACUCAAAGCAUAA